AUGUUCCUGGACUCCCAGCUCCUAACAGCCCCAGGCAGCAUGGCCUUGCUGGCAAAGGUUCGUUGGACCUGGAGUCCUGGAAGAUCCAGAGGGGCACAGAAUCCCCACCCUGACAUAGAUCUUAAUACUUUUUUUAUAAUAAUAAAAAAUAAAACUUACUGUCUUCAAUGUUUUUUAAAAAGUAACAUCUUGAAAGGCUGGACUCGUACCUACAGCCCCGAAAUGCAAAAAGCUCUUCCAUUGUUGUGUGGGUUUUUUAAAUUAAAAAAAUCCAGAGUUUGUAUAUCUUAUUACUACACUGGAAAUUUCCUUUAA